AUGGAGUACAACACGGAUAGCCAGCUGAAGCUGCAGAGUGUGAACGAGAACGAGAAAGGCCUGGGGGCGACCGGUCCGGCGUUGGACAUCAACCUGGCGUUGUCGCCAGGUGUCGGGAGCGGAGACAGUGGCAACCUCCAGCUGUUUGGGCUCAUGGACUACGGAACACCCGACCCGCUAUCCUUUGGGGCGCUGGUUCAGUACCAGCAGCAGCAGCAGCAGCAGCAACAGGAGGAGAAAAGCCACGACGGAAGCACGUCGAGUGUGUUCAGCGACAGCCACAACCACAACUACAGCAUCGGCCAUGCGGACGGCAACCGCCGGUCUGCCAGCGGGAACGCCCACAGCGACGGGAGUGACACGAACAUGAACGACGCAGGGCAGCCGACGAGCAACACGGGCUAUAGUUCGCCCGACGGCGCCGCCACGGUGAAGAACGGGACCGCUGGACCAAGCGAGGAGGAGCUGUACCAACGACGCAAGGCGCAGAACCGGGCUGCCCAGCGGGCGUUUCGAGAACGGAAGGAGGGCAAGAUCAAGGAGUUGUCGAGCCGGUUGCAGGACGCCGAGGUGUCCCGGGAGCGGCUGGAGAAGCAGCUCAGCGAGCUACGGGAGAGGAACAAGCGGUUGAACAUGGAGAACCAGAUGCUGCAGAAGCAGCAACAGUUCCAGCAGCAGAGCCAGGCGUUCCAGCCCGUGCAGGACGACGCAUACACCAGCCCCGGUGCUCGGGAAGGCGGCGGCGGCGGCGUUGGCGGCAACGACCACGGGCUGGCGGACGGGCUCGACAUACAGGACAUCUUGUCGUUCAAGUUCCCGAACACGUCCAAGUACGAGUUCAUCGAGGGCACCAUCGACUGGAGCUCGCACGGCCAGGAGAACGAGUCCGGGUACCACGCCAGCAAGAUUGGGGAAUCUUACCGGCACGACAGCAACAAGUUGUUGACCAUCAGCGCCGUGUGGGACUACCUCGUGGAGUUUGCGAACUUGAACGAAGAGUACACGCUCGACAUCCCGGGCAUCAUGAACGAGCUUCGGGGGAAGGAGGUGUGCCACGGCUUUGGCCCGGCCUACGCUCUCCAGCUGGUGAAUGACAUUGUCUGCAGACACAUCAGGAACGAGGAGUGA